CCCCCCCCCUCUCCCCAGAUUUCUUUUCUUCGUAAACCCUUUUCUUCUGCUUUCCUGUCUUCAUCGACUUUCAGGGUGGCCUUUCCCUUCGCUUUUAAUUCCGAUAGUCUCCUUACUAGUUGACUAGUCCCUCUUUUCUGGCUUCCUGUGGAGCUCGUUCGUCGUUCGUUCCCCAAGGCAGGCCCUUUGUGCGAACCGCAUAUCUUCAACUGUCCACCGUCUUUGUUCCCUCUUCAAUUCCUACUACCCACUAUCGCUCGUCACCUUCAGCAGCCAUGUCGGAAGAAGCAGGACACCCUGAGCAGCCUCUGGUCGCGCCUGUCCAGGCUGCGAAGAAUGAACCCUCGGCCAGCGUACAGGAGAAAGAGCCCCGUCCAGGACGCUUGACCCCUCGCCCCAGUUUCCUGGAAAACCUCGCCAAUUCCCGCGACAGACAGUUCAUGCUUGACAGACGCAACUCCAGUGAGCUUGUCCGAUACUUUCAUGGUCCCCGCGAUCUCGACAGACAUUCCAAAUGGCCUCUCGCCCUCCGCAUGCACGGCAGUAUCAUGCCCAAAAUGAUCCUUCCCCUGACUUUUGUUGCCGCCUGGGCUACCGCCAUCACCUGCAUCUCCCACUUCGUACACCCUCUUGGUAUCAAUAGCAUCUUGCUCACUGUCACCGGUUUCGUGGUCAGUUUGGCGCUGUCGUUCCGCAGUUCGACCGCCUAUGAGAGAUGGGCCGAUGGACGCAAGUACUGGGCAUUGCUGAUUCAGACAUCUCGCAAUCUCGCACGCACAAUCUGGGUGAACACGGCCGAGCGAGAGGGAGAGCUCGGAAAGGAGGAUCUGCUUGCGAAACUGACGGCCUUCAACCUCAUCCUUGCCUUUGCCGUCGCUCUCAAACACAAGCUGCGAUUCGAGCCCGAUGUCGGCUACGAAGAUCUGGCGGGACUCAUCGGCCAUCUCGACACCUUUGCCAAAGAGGCUCACGACCGUCAAGUUCUCCAGCCCCCAAAGAAGACCCCCUGGAAGAACAUCGGCGAGUACCUGGGCGUCUCGUUUGCUGAAUCGAACCCGCGCAAGCUCAUCAAGCGGUCCAAGAAGCCUUUGGGACAUUUGCCGUUGGAGAUUCUGAAUCACCUGUCUGCCUACAUCGACCGCUGCAUUGCCAACGGAACCCUGACUUGUGGUCUCCACCAAAGCCAAGCCAUCGGUGGUAUUUCUAGCUUGAACGAAUGUCUUACUGGAACUGAACGUGUGCUCGAUACUCCUCUUCCCGCCGCAUACACCAUCUCCAUCGCCCAGAUUGCCUGGAUCUAUGUCAUGGUUCUCCCUUUCCAGAUGUGGAUCUACCUUCGCUGGAUUACCAUUCCUGGCUCUAUCAUUGCCGCAUACAUCAUCCUCGGCCUUGCGUUCAUCGGCAGCGAAAUCGAGAACCCCUUCGGCCACGAUGUCAACGAUCUGCCUUUGGAAACCUACUGCCGUCAACUCGCCAACGAACUCGACAUCAUCUCCGCCAUGCCUCCGCCCAAGCUGGACGAGUUCGGCGUCCGCGAGGAUAAUUUCGUGCUCUUCCCUCUGAGCACGUCCGGCUACAACGAGUGGAAGGACCGCUCGGUCGACGAGAUCCGCGCCGCCCUGCGAUCCAAAGUCGUUGCAAACAAGGACCCCACGGAGUCGGAGACGACGACAGUGAUCGGGAGUGUGAGCAGUAAACAGUCAGUCUGAGUGAUAAGAAGCUAUUCAGGAAUGGUGGUUCAAAAUAAGAAAAAGAAUGAGCGGGGGAUUACUGCAUUGGCCAUUGCAAUGGCGGGGCAAAAUUGGGAUUGGGAGUCUUUCUAGCCUGCGAGUCUGGUGUUCUUUGUCGUUAAGAAACAUUGAUUUAUGAUGGAUGGACGGAUAGAUGUAUUGUAUGUUUGGGUUCUUUUGGGUUCUUUAUUGAUAUCUAGGUGGGGAAAUCGUAUGAUCUAGCUAGCUACCUGCAUAAAUGGGUGAGAUAGCACAAACAUGUCCAAUAUCUUCUCUUCUC